AUGAAAACCCAUCUAUGCAUUCCCAGGAUGAGAAGCAACGUCAACUCGUGCAGCAACAAAACCAAACGCCUGUCUCCGAUGACUCUGCUCGAGCGGUUUCGCGAGGCGGUUUUCCGUUUGAUCAUGCUGUCUGCUGUCUCAUCCAACAAGUCCACAAGCCACGCUGGCCGAUCCAGCCCAGAUGCGCAGCGGUAUUAUUGUCCGCAUGAUGACCCUCACCACAGCGAGGCUGUAGCCGAUUGCAUCGAGUUCAUCAAGAAAAAGGCUUCGCCGGAGGACGGCAACCGGGGCUCUUCCGCUAGUUCUAGGGGUUCAGAAAGAGAAGACAAGGUCUCUAUGGAGCUGACAGAGGAAAUUCUUCAAAGCAUGGAAGUUGGAUUAGCUUUUAGAGACUAUAGUGGUAGAAUUAGUUCAUUGGAUUUUCACAAGGCGACUAGUUAUGUAGUGACUGCUAGUGAUGAUGAGUCGAUUCGUUUAUAUGAUGUCUCCACUGCAACAUGCUUGAAGACCAUCAACAGCAAAAAGUAUGGAGUUGAUUUGGUUUGCUUUACUUCUCAUCCUACCACAGUUAUAUACUCUUCCAAAAAUGGCUGGGAUGAAUCCUUGAGGCUUCUCUCAUUGCAUGACAACAAGUACUUGCGCUAUUUCAAAGGCCACCAUGACAGGGUAGUCUCACUUAGCUUGUGUUCUCGCAAAGACUGCUUCAUCUCUGGUUCUCUUGAUAGAACUGUUCUGCUUUGGGAUCAGCGGGCUGAGAAGUGUCAGGGUCUCUUACGCGUACAAGGAAGGCCUGCCACAACUUAUGAUGAUCAAGGGCUAGUUUUUGCAGUUGCCUUUGGUGGAUUCAUAAGAAUGUUUGAUGCCCGCAAGUAUGAAAAGGGUCCUUUUGAUAUCUUCUCUGUUGGGGGAGAUAUGUCUGAUGCAAAUGUUGUAAAGUUCAGUAAUGAUGGGAGACUUGUGCUUUUAACAACCACAGAUGGACAUAUUCAUGUUCUUGAUUCGUUCCGUGGCACACUUUUAUCCACGUAUAAUGUAAAGCCAGUCUCCAGCAGUUCAACAUUAGAGGCUUCUUUCAGCCCAGAGGGGAUGUUUGUCAUAUCAGGUUCAGGUGAUGGUAGUGUCUAUGCAUGGAGUGUUCGGAGUGGGAAAGAAGUCACAAGUUGGAUGAGCACUGAAAAUGAACCUCCUGUUGUCAAAUGGGCUCCGGGAAACCUCAUGUUUGCCACGGGAUCGUCUGAGCUAUCAUUUUGGAUUCCAGAUUUGUCUAAAUUGGGAGCUUAUGUCGGAAGAAAGUAG